CGUUCUCUUCUUAGUUUGAAGAGUCGUUGUCGUCUGGCUGUGGGCAACAGACUUUUCUUAUCUUCUCUCGUUGUUGCUCCUGAACUCCUGAAAAAUAACAGAAAGGAAUCUGACAACAAGAAACAGCAGAAUAUUCAGAUCUAUUAGUUCAUCUGAGGGAUUUGACUAAAUCAAGAUGCUGUUGAUCAUUGAAGCUCUUCUUCUCAUUUUAGCUGCUCUAGGACAGGAUCACAGAGCUGCUGUUGAAGGACAGAUAUUUCCAUUGGAUUUCGCACCGAAUUCAGUUGAUGAUCAAUAUGGUUGUACUGUUAAAAUGGCAGACCUGGUGAAGACAAAAUAUCUAGAGAAGGAAAUGUCUGCUUCAGCUGAAUUUAACAAGACUUGGCAAGAAGGUGAAGAGAAAGCAAAGAAAGCAGAGGAUAACUUGCAACAGAUUCAUUCAGUCGCCAUUCAUGUUUACACUAACAAAGACUCUAAAGUAUACAGUAAUUUCACUAGUGCCACUCGUACUGACAAACAAAAAUACAAAGAGGGGACAUUCAAAUGGUAUUCACUUCACUUUCUGUUAACAGAAGCGAUCCAGAUUCUGAAGAAAACACAAAAUAGAUGCUAUGUAACUUAUCGUGGUACAAAUGUUAAAUUUGAUGUUCAGAACAAAGAGGUUCGUUUGAGUUCAUUUUCAUCCUCCUCUCUUGAUCGUAAGGUAAUACAAGGUUUUGGAAAUAAAUCUUGUUUUGAAAUCUACACCUGUGAAGGUGCUAAUUUGACAAAAUAUUCAAAGUAUCCUGAUGAGAAAGAGGUGCUGAUUCCUCCAUAUGAGACGUUUAAAGUCACUGAUGUCAUGAACAGAACAGAUCAGCCAGAUCUCUGGUGUGAGACAGUGUUUGUGUUGAACAGCACUGGAAAAACAAGUGACCUGAACUGUGCAUUGUUUAACAGGGGAAACCAUGCUGCUUUCUUUAAUGUUUUAAUAAUUUUGCAAUUAUUAUUUUUUUACCUGCUAACCAGUUAAAUGUAAAGGUUUCUCAUUGUUACUGAACUUUGAAGUGCUUGUCAUGCUUAAUUGAAUCUCAUAUUCUGGAGACAAUUUGAUAAGAUUUAGUACACUGUAAAACCGAA